AUGGCGACCCUUUCGAGUCUCUUCGACAACAAUCCCUUCCGCCGCGCCGCCAUACCCUCCGCGCCCUCCCCAGGCCCUGGCUCUGCAGCUGCGCCCGCCGGGAAAACCCCCCCACCUUCCGUGCGCACAGGGCCAUCCCCUUCCGCCAAGCUGGGGGCUGCGCUAGCGGAAGCCGCUGCGUUCCGGAAUCCCGCGGGGAAAGGGGAGGGGAAAGCGGAAGAAAGAGAGAAGAGCGGAAAGAAGACGAAGAAGCGCAAAGGGAGCGAGACGGAGGGCGGCGGGGGAGUGAGUGGAGGGGGCGAUGGGGAAGGGGAAGCGGAAGGGGCGCAAGGGGCCAAGGGGGAGGGUGCAGAGUUGGCGGACGUUACAGCGGCGAAAGGGGCACAGGUGGAUGUGGGGAAGAAGAAGAAGAAGAAGAGAAGGAAGGGGGAGGAGGGUGAGAAGCAAAAGAAGGUGAAUAAGGCCGUUGCUGAACCUGAAAAUGAGGGGUCUAGAGAGGCGCAGACUAGUUUGGAAAGAGAAGCUGUUACAGAAGAAGGCUGCCAGAACAACGACAAAAAGAAGAAGAAGAAGACAAAGAAGGAGAAGAAAGGGAGGGGCAAAGACAGCGCGCCAAAGGUUCAGGGUUCUGGGCUUAAGACGCAUUCUGAGAGCGAGGGGAGGGAGAAGGACGGUGGAGAUGAGGGAUCGGAAGACGCGGAAGAGGGUGAGAAUGAGGAGGUGGAGGGGGAGGAGAAAGAGAUGGAGGUUAUGGAGUUAGGGAGCGAGGACGAAGGUGCGGCGAAUGAUGGGGAGGAGGAUGCAGAUGCUCAUAGCGACAGCAGCUCGAGUGAGGAAGAGGAGGAUAAAGACGAGUUAGAGGGAGAUUUAGUCGGAUGGGGCGAGGAGGAAGACGAGGAGGAAGACGAGGAAGAAGAAGAGGGGGAGGAAGCGGAGGAGAAGGAGGAUGGGCAAGGGGCAGGAGUGGCAGGAGCGGCGGGGGAGAGCGUGGGCAAGGGCACGGCGAAGACAAUAGCAGCGAGCGCGGCGGAGGCGGCGACGGCGGAGCGGGCGCUGACCGGGGCGGAGAGGCGCGCGCAGAAGCGCGCGGAGAAGCAGCAGGCGCGCGAGGAGCGCGCGGAGAAGCUACAGCGCACGGUGUUCGUGGGGAACCUGCCCGUGGGCGUGGGGCGCAAGGCCCUCGCGCGCCUCUUCACGCCCUUCGGCCCUGUCGAGUCUGUGCGCCUGCGCUCCAUGCCCCUCGCCGACGACGUGAGUCGGCCUCUGAUCAAGAAGAUGCCGCGUCGGUCUGCGGUGCUCAAGAACAAAAUCUCCGCCACCCACAAGAGCCCCGUUGUCCCUUACACUUCAUUGUUCACGCCCAUUACCUGCCUCGUAAUCAACCACACCCCUCAUCCUGCCUUCACCAAACCCUUGGCCCCUCUGACUCCCCUGGUGUCUCCUCCCCGCACCACAGGAAGAGGAGGAAGAGGAGGUGCUAUCGCUGUUCUCAGCACCCCUAGCAGCAGCAGCAGCCCGCUCCUCAGCACCCGCAGUGACAGCAGGGGAUGUGGAGGGGGUGCGCGUGGUGAGGGAUCGCCACACCAACCAGGGCAAGGGCAUUGCCUUUGUGCUCUUCAAGACACGGGAGGCAGCGAGGACAGCACUGUCGCAGCGGCGCAAGGGAGCAGAGGUGCGGGGGCGAGCAGUGAGAGUGAUGCCUCUGUCGCUCAAGGCACAGGAGCAGACCCGUGCUAA